AUGUGUACUUAUUCCUAUUUACAUCACCACCACGUUCAGCCAUGCGCCCGCCCUAUCGAUUAUGUGGUUCAUUACGAGUUUUGUUUGGAUGCUGAGAAGGAUUCCGACGGCAAGGCCCAGACUCCCUGCGAGCGCGUCUCUUAUGAUCCGGUCCAGUCGAUUGAUUUCGAUAACCCCUGUGCGACUGGAGGCUGUCUUAUGUCGCCCGACUGCAGCUCCGGAAACUGUCGUCUCAAGGAGCUCAAAGGACAGUGGAUAUGUUGUCAAUGCAGCCGAGGAAGCAAUUCACUCCGGUGGUGUCGACACAAGAUGAAGAAAAGUCCGGAUACUUUCUGUUACCACCGUGUUUGCCAAAACUGUACAUCCGACACCGAAACUUGA